AUGGCUCAAGCCACCAAGCGUCGUCGCAUCGAUACAGCAGUAACCUUGUCUAAGCCAUUCAAGUCUCCCAUGCGCCGGCCCACAGCAGCCACAGACAUCCAACCCUCCACGCCCAUCUCAAAGACAGAAAUACCAGCGACUCCUAUACAAUCAGAACCAUCCCCAGAUCCGAACUCAUCCUUACCGAUAACUCCAAUCCCGAUCGCACGCAAGCCAAUCCUCAAGCCUAGACUCUCCACCCCCAAACCAUUCCAUUCCUCCGACCCUGAAAUCAUCGCUCUCCAAAAACAAAAACGCGCCAUCCAAUCACGACUGGCUACACUGCGCUCAGAAAUCGACACUGCAAACCAAGCCCUCAGACUCGAGGGCUCAACAAAAGACACAGAGCUCGAAGCCUUGAUCAUCAAAUGGCGUCUCGCCAGCCAGGAUGCUGCCGAGGAAGCAUUCACCGGUGCGCAGGAGAGAGUCUCUCGCAUGGGAGGAAUGGCCGCGUGGAAAGAGAAUUCAAAGCGUGAUGCGACUCGAUGGGAGUUUGAAGAAGAGAGAAAUGAGCGGGAGCAUGUUGACGAUGAGAUUGACCCUCGAGAGAUUGAGAAUUUGCCUGAUGAGAAGGAUGGGUCUGGGAUUGGCGAUCAAGAUGAGUUUACUAUGGAGUAUAUGCUGAAGACUUUGCAUGUUGAUCCUAAGUUAAUUGGGUAUGAUACGAAGGCUCAGCGAUGGAUUAAAGGUUGA